AUGCCCAUGGAAAAAGGCCAUGGUGAAAUGCCCAUGAAAACCCAUUUGCUGAGGAGGAGCCUGGCGCCCAGCCAGCUGGCCAAGAGGAAGGCGGGCGAGGACGAGGAGCCGGAGUGGCGCCCCCCGACGGCUCAGAAGAGGCAGAAGGCCGGCGGCGAGGCGGACGGCGGCGAGUGCUACCGGUCGCCCUUCCGCAGGCCCCUGGCCCAGCUCACCAACAGGCCCCAGUGCCUGGAUAGCAGCCAGCAUGAGGCUUUUAUUCGCAGCAUUUUGUCCAAACCCUUCAAAGUUCCCAUUCCAAAUUAUAAAGGGCCGCUGGGGUUGCGGGCGCUGGGUAUCAAACGGGCAGGGCUGAGGUCCCCUCUCCAUGACCCUUUUGAGGAAGGAGCUCUGGUUCUGUAUGAGCCCCCGCCACUGAGUGCCCAUGACCAGCUGAAAAUAGACAAGGACAAAGCACCUGUCCAUGUUGUGGUGGAUCCCGUCCUCAGCCGCGUCUUACGGCCCCAUCAGAGAGAAGGAGUGAAAUUCCUGUGGGACUGUGUGACGAGCAGGCGCAUCCCUGGGAGCCACGGCUGUAUCAUGGCAGACGAGAUGGGCCUGGGCAAAACCCUGCAGUGCAUCACGCUCAUGUGGACACUUCUGCGUCAGAGUCCGGACUGCAAGCCUGAAAUCGAGAAAGCCAUGGUGGUGUCUCCCUCCAGUCUGGUGAGAAACUGGUACAACGAAGUAGAGAAGUGGCUGGGGGGAAGGAUCCAGCCGCUGGCCAUUGAUGGAGGCUCCAAAGAAGAGAUUGACCGUAAGCUAGUCGGCUUUAUGAACCAGCGUGGCCUGCGAGUGCCUUCACCCAUCCUCAUCAUCUCCUAUGAGACUUUCCGCCUUCAUGCUGAGGCUCUACAGAAGGGCAGCGUUGGCUUGGUCAUAUGUGAUGAGGGCCACAGAUUGAAGAACUCUGAAAACCAAACCUAUCAGGCUCUCAACAACUUAAAUACACCCCGACGAGUCCUCAUCUCCGGCACCCCCAUUCAGAAUGACCUGCUGGAGUAUUUCAGCUUGGUGCACUUUGUCAAUUCAGGCAUCUUGGGAACAGCGCAGGAGUUUAAAAGGCACUUUGAAAUUCCAAUCCUGAAGGGCAGAGACGCGGAUGCGAGUGAAGCAGAGCGGCACAAAGGAGAAGAGAGGCUUAAGGAGCUGAUCAGCAUUGUGAACAGGUGUUUAAUCCGAAGAACUUCAGACAUCCUGUCCAAAUACCUGCCCGUGAAGAUCGAGCAGGUGGUGUGCUGCAGGCUGACACCUCUGCAGGCUGAGCUGUAUAAGAACUUCUUGAAGCAAGCCAAGCCCGCGGAGGAGCUGAAGGAGGGCAAGAUCAGCGUGUCCUCCCUCUCCUCUAUCACCUCCUUAAAGAAGCUCUGCAACCAUCCUGCCCUCAUCUAUGACAAGUGUGUGGAAGAGGAGGAAGGUUUUACUGGAGCCCUGGAUUUGUUUCCUGCUGGCUACAGCACCAAAGCUGUGGAGCCUCAGCUUUCAGGAAAGAUGCUGGUUUUGGACUACAUCCUUGCUGUUACAAAAAGCACCAGUAACGACAAGGUAGUUCUUGUCUCAAACUACACCCAGACACUGGACCUGUUUGAAAAGCUCUGCAGGAACAGAAGGUACUUGUAUGUCCGGCUGGAUGGCACCAUGUCCAUUAAAAAGAGAGCAAAGAUCGUGGAGCGAUUCAACAGCCCCUCAAGCCCCGAGUUCAUCUUCAUGUUGAGCAGCAAAGCGGGCGGCUGCGGUUUGAACUUGAUCGGGGCCAACAGGCUGGUUAUGUUCGACCCGGACUGGAAUCCAGCUAACGACGAGCAGGCCAUGGCUCGCGUGUGGAGGGACGGCCAGAAAAAGACCUGCUACAUCUAUCGACUGCUUUCCACAGGGACCAUAGAGGAGAAGAUCUUCCAGCGCCAGACCCACAAGAAGGCGCUCAGCAGCUGCGUGGUGGAUGAGGAGCAGGACGUGGAGAGGCACUUCUCACUCGGAGAGCUCAAGGAGCUGUUCACGCUGAAUGAGGCUACCACAAGUGACACCCACGACAAGAUCAAGUGUCGUCGCUGUGUGAACGGCCACCAGGUGCGGCCGCCUCCGGAAGGGUCCGACUGCACCUCGGACCUCUCCCAGUGGAACCACUGUGCCGACAAGCGGGGACUGCAGGACUCGGUGCUAAAAGCGGCUUGGGAUGUUGCUGUCACCUUCACCUUCCAUCAUCACUCCCACGAGGAGCAGCGAGGGAUUCCCUAACAGGUCCCUGUCCCCAUGGAGGCCAGGGCCGGCUCCUGUGGCAGCCUGCCUUGCCAUAGUCCCUUGUCCCUUUUGAGAAAAGGGGCAGUGAAAAGCACGAGGUGCUGGUCUGUUCUGGGACUGUGGAAGAGCAGAACCACCGUGUGGCUUCGAGAGGUGGGAAGGCCCCUCGUGGUGGGCAGGGUCUGCUUGCAGCAGCAAGGAGCGUUACGGCUGUUUCUCUGCUACUGCAGUGUGUGCUUGGAAAAAAGCCCUGUAGGAACUGGGUGUAACUAGGCAGGGGGGCUUGAUCAGCUCUGCUUCUCCUGCUGUUGAUGUCAGUGCCUUCUACUUGGCCAAGUUCUGCCUUCAAGCUGAAGUUAAGCCUGCAGCUUUGGAGCAGCUGAUGUGCAUAUUUUUCUCCCCUGACAGCUCUGGCUUACAGCUGCUGAGCAGGAAAUGGCAGGAUCCAUUUCUGUGGUGAAAUGUGAGCGUUUUUAAUCGCAUUUGAAUACAGAUUCAUGACAAAAAAAAAAAAAUCUGUCCUGAAAGAACAUUCACACAGUAGGAAAUUGAGCCCUCUUAAGGUCCUGCCCCUUGCAAAACCACCUGCUUUAGCAUGGGCAGGAUCCCCUGAUCAAGUAGUAUUUUAAUAUCCUUACACUGCAGUAAUAAAACUCACAUUUUGGU